UACAAUCAAAAAAAACAAGUGAUAGAAAAAAACACUUUAUGGUCAGUGCCAAUGCAUAACUUAUGGAUGCGAUACGCGAUGCGACAUGGCGCUGCCCACAUUGGCGGCGAUUGCCAUGCCACGAUGUCCAAUGGCUUAAAACGCCGACACAAUAUAAUAAUAGCUAAUAAAAACGAUACCAAGCUAACACAAUCGAAACCAGUUUCGGUUCAUAUCAAAAUAAAAUCCAAAUCGACAACAUUCUUGAAAAAAAGUCAACGCACACAUUUUGCAUAAAUAUGCAUAAUAUAAGCAAAAACAUUAUAUCAUAUACAUUAUUUUGUUUAAGAAUAAUAAUAAUAACUUUACGACAGGCCGUGUAGAUAGUCUGAAUGAAUCACGCAUAUAUAUAUUAUAUACAUUUAUCUAUAUAUACAAAUUAUAGGCAUUAUACUAAGUAGGGAUCUGUGUGUGACCUUGCUAGUCGGUUGCUAACUUUAAGGAAAUUAAAUUAAAUGUGACUUAAUGAUGCAAAUGAACAUUCCGAGGAUAUUGUUGAUCCAGCAAGGACAUUAAAUUGGCAGCUAGCCUCUUUAACUGGUUUACCUGUGGAUAAUAUUUAAUUUAUGCACAUAAAAAAAGACGCUGCAGGUGCUUGCCUAUUCGAUUCUAACGAAAAUUUAAUGUGCAAACUUUGCGCAUUAUAAAAACAUUAUUGCUAAGGAGACGCAGACAUUAAAAUAUAUUUGUGUGUAUGUGUACAUAAGAAACCCACUGUUAAAACUAGAUGAAAUUGGUUUUGCAAAUCGAAUACAUCAAUUGGCAUAUUUAUUUCACAUAGCCCGUCUCUUUCAUUGGAUAAUCAAAUGACAUUUUGAACGCUACAUUGAAGACACACACACACACACACACACACAUACCCACACACACACAUGUCAGCCAUGAUGCUGGCCACAAAUGUGUCCGCCCUGGGCGAGGGCACGCCCCCCUUGUCUGAGCUGCAAAUGUUUCACAGUGAGAAAUUCCUAUUGAAUUUAACCCAAGUGCUAAACAUAUCGGCGGACAAUUUGACCAGCCUGCUGCAAGAACUUGAACCGCAUGAUCUGCUGGAGCAAUCGCCGCGUCCGAUGGCCACCCAUAUGGGCCUGCUGGCAACGCUGAGCGUCGGCUAUGCCCUCAUCUUUGUGGCCGGCGUGCUGGGCAAUCUAAUUACCUGCAUUGUCAUCUCGAGGAACAAUUUUAUGCACACGGCGACCAAUUUCUAUUUAUUCAAUUUGGCCAUCUCGGACCUAAUAUUGUUGUGCUCGGGCAUGCCCCAGGAUCUGUACAACUUAUGGCAUCCAAACAAUUAUCCCUUCUCAGACGGCAUUUGCAUACUGGAGAGCGUGCUGUCCGAGACGGCGGCAAAUGCCACCGUUCUGACCAUCACCUCGUUCACCGUGGAGCGCUACAUUGCCAUUUGCCAUCCAUUCAGGCAGCACACCAUGUCCAAGUUGUCGCGUGCCAUUAAGUUCAUCUUUGCCAUUUGGAUAGCCGCCCUGUUGCUCGCCCUGCCCCAGGCCAUACAAUUCUCUGUGGUAACCCAGGGCGCUGGCUCAUCAUGUACGAUGAAUAACGACUUCUUUGCACAUGUGUUCGCCGUAUCCGGCUUUCUAUUCUUUGGCGGCCCGAUGACGGCCAUCUGUGUGCUCUACGUGCUUAUUGGGAUCAAGCUGAAGCGGAGCCGUCUGCUGCAGGCGCUGCCGCGUCGCAGCUACGACGUUAAUCGCGGUAUCAGCGCCCAGACGCGCGUCAUCCGGAUGUUGGUCGCUGUGGCAGUUGCCUUCUUCAUAUGCUGGGCGCCAUUUCAUGCUCAGCGCCUGAUGGCGGUCUAUGGCUCCACAUUUGGCAUUGAGUCGCAAUGGUUCAACGAUGUCUUCAAUAUAUUGAACUAUACAUCGGGUGUGCUCUACUUUCUGUCCACCUGCAUCAAUCCGCUGCUGUAUAACAUUAUGAGCCACAAGUUUCGUGAGGCCUUUAAGGUCACUUUGGCCCGUCAAUUUCGUCUCUCGGGCAAGCAUCAGGGUCAGGGCCUGCCGCACAACUACAGUGCGCUGCGACGUAACCAGACGGGCUCACUGCGUCUGCAUACGGACAGUGUGCGCACCACCACAACUUUGACUACGUUGAAUGGCAGCAGCAAUGGGGCCGCAGUUGGCGGCUGUCGCAGCUCUCAGCGCUUGCAGCGCGGCUCGCUGAGCAGCUCGCAUGCCACAUUGCUGAGCACGCAGAGUCGCAGCAGACAGGAUCUGUUUGCGGCACGAGUUGUAGCCGCUGAUGCAGCAGCAACAACAGCAGCAGGAGCAGCUGCAGCUGCAACAGCAGGAGCUGCAGCACAUUCUCAGCCACAUCGAACGCUGCAAACACAAAUUUCCCAACUGUCCUCCGUGGGCGAUGCCCACUCACUGCUCGAGGCGGAGCUGCAGUUGCCCGAGGAGCACUACGAGCUGGCGGCGCGGCACAAGUGUCCGCAUGCAGCGAUGGGCGCCAUCGAUGAGCUCAGCUGUCAAUCGAGUGUGGUGGGCGGUGCCGCAGCGGCGGGUCUGUCCCGUGCACGCCUCAAGCUGACGCGCAUCACGCGGCAUCCACAAAUGCAGACAAGUGGAGCAGCACUUGCCAGCGAGCCAGCGGCAACAACAGCCACAGCAGCAGCAACAGCAGCAUCAGCAUCAGCAUCAGCAGUGGCAAAGUCAACGGGCAGUGGCAAAGUGCGCAAGGCAAAGGCUAAACGCUCAAAUACGCUCAAGGGUCUCCGGGCCAAAUUGAAUUGGCGUGGCAGGCACAAGGAGAGCGCCAACGACAGCGCUGAUGGGCAACAAAUGCCGCACUCAAGUGUGGCAUCAACGCCAAGUGGCGUUUACUGAAGGCACUUCAGCUCGUUCAGUCAGUCCAUUCCAGAGAUCGCGGCGCCCGGAUUGGGGCCAGGGGGCAGGUACUCGUAACUGUGAUAAGAGCAGCAGCAGCAGAAGCAGCAGCAGCAGGACAACUACAACAACAGCAAACAAUUCCAAUUUGCGGCCAACUAAGAGCCAACUAUAUUCCUAGCAAAUACUUAGUCAUAUAUUGUACAUAUAUUUAACGCAUGUACUCGUUAUAUUACUCUGUUCCGCUCAAAUAUGUCUUUCUCCUUCUCUCUCUCUCGUUCUCUUAAUAAAGCAGCCAAAUUUAAGUCUCGUA